AUGAUCCCUCAGUCGGAAAUGGGAGCAUAUGGUGAAAAUUCAAACGUACAAAACAGCGGUAAUUAUAUUACCAUAAUUCCCGUUGAUUACUCACGGCGUGGUUAUCCCAUUCAGGCUGAAUAUCAAUACAAUGAGUUCAGGUCCCGUGAAGAGUACUACAGUGUCCAGAGUCAGAAGCUUCAGGCCGAGGUCAAUGCGCAUUUAUACUCUGUGUCGCAGCGUCUCCCCCACUUGUCCUACAGCCCGUUGGGUCGUCACAAUGAAUGGGACAAGCAUGAUCCUCACAAGUCUCUUCAGCCGGAUCCCAAAGAGAGUAACAGCUCGGACUCGUUGGAGAAGAGUGUUAUGGGAUCGAAUCUCAGCAGUUGCUCCAAUCAGACUGGAUCGAGCAGUAUAGCAGCUGGGUCGUUCAGCACCACUGAGCCAAUCACAAGCGGUGGCAGCUCAUCUAGUGCUAUAUCACCACCGUUACCAGGGUCUUCCGGCAGCACCGUCUCCUCGUCAACAGCCACAUCGAGUCCAGUCACCUGCGUGUACCUGAUGUCUCGCACCGCGAUCAUGAUAGAGAUGAGCUCGGAGGAAGUCCCCGCAAAUGUGACCGCCGCGAGGUUCCUGAACGCGGUGCUGGCUGCCGAUGAUAUGGGACUGGUGCAGUCAAGCACCAGGAGCCUGGCGUCCAGCGUGUUCGCGCUAUGGAUGUGUAGUCCGUUGUUAGAAAUCCAGCUCAAGCCCCACCAUUGCCCUUGGCGCAUCUGGGCGAGCUGGCAGAAUCUGCUGCAGCGAUAUGGUCACGGCUCGGAGCCGCGGCGAUCGAGGGACCAGCCCGUAUUGCGUUUGCAGAGGAACGUGUUCUUCCCGAAACACUUGGAAGAGGGAAUCAAAGACUCUAGGAUCCAGGAAUUGCUGUAUGAGGAGGCGCGAUAUAACGUCGUUAAUGGGAGAUAUCCUUUGGAGAGUGCUCAGGCGGUGAUGUUGGGCGGGAUCCAAGCUAGGGUGCAGCUUGGGCCAUACGACCCUCACAGGCAUACUGCUAAGUUUUUCAGGGAGAACCAGGAGAAGUACCUGCCCCGGCACGCGCGCUCCGGGCGCUGGGCGUCGCUGCUCCCCGCCGGCCGCAAGGGCAGUCCCGAGGCGAAGCUCCUGGAGCAGGCGCAGCGCCCGGCCGCCGCGCCGCCGCGCAAGCUGCGCCACAAGUACCUCGCGCACACCAGGAUGCUGCCCACUUACGGAGCGGCCUUCUUCCAAGGCCAGAUCGAGCAACCCGUUCGCAGUCUGACCAGCCUGCUCACCCACGAGGACAUACCGGUGCUCGUCGCUGUCAACUCUAACGGAGUAUACGUCAUCGAUGAUACGGAAAGCACUGUACUGCUGGGUCUACUAUACGAGGAGCUAUCAUGGGAUCUCGGUCUACCGUCCGAAGACAACGAGGACUGCUUCCCUUGCCUCUUCCUGCAGUUCAUGGUAGUGGAGAACGGGCUACGCGUCUCGAAAUUAUUGCAGGUGUUCUCAAAGCAAGCGGUGAUGAUCGACACGCUCAUCGAGCAUUUUGCGUGCGAGGUCCGUAAGCGUCUGGGUCAAGAGACCCCUAGCGACCACGCCAACUACGACUACCAUUCUGACUCGGGCAGUAUCUCUCUGCCGCCGCUGUCCCGGCCGGACUCGCCGCAGCGGCGCCUGGCCAACAAGCUGUCCCGGCUGGCUCUGGCGACGCACGACGGCCGCGGUCACCUUCUGGGUGGCGCCGGCGACUGGGGCACCGGCCUGGACCGGCCCCAGCCCACGUGGGUGCUGCCCAAGCAC